AUGACUCCGAAGACGUCGCUUGCGACGGCGGCGUCUACAACAUCCGACACUUUGGCAAGCUAUGUCACAGACUAUCGUAUGGAGAAUGGUCGAAGAUAUCAUGCUUACCAAGAUGGCAGCUACUGGGUAAGUCCUAUCCGAUUAACAUUGACCGUCCUAAGGAUUAAUACGUCCAGGNGUCCUAAUGAUGAACAAUCCUGCGAGGGCGAAACUCUGUCGCAUAACCUGUACACCCUGACUCUUGGUGGAGAGCUGCAUCUAGCGCCUAUUAAAGCUCCGCAAGAGAUCCUGGAUGUCGGGACUGGCACGGGCACUUGGGCAAUCCAAAUGGCCGACAAGUUUCCCGAGGCCCAGGUGACUGGUACGGACCUGUCACCCAUACAGCCGGAUCUUGUCCCAAGUAAUUGUGUGUUUGAAAUUGACGACGCUUCAUUGGACUGGACGUGGGGGGAAAAUCAACUGGACUACGUCCAUGUCCGCGAGAUGUUUGGCUCGAUUACAGACUGGGAUCUGUUCUGCAGCGAAGCCUUCCGAUGCAUUGCACCGGGCGGCUACAUCGAGAUCUUCGAACACUCCACUUGGCCAGUGAGUGACGAUGACUCGUUAGCUCCAGAUCACUUCUACGACACCUGGGGUCGGACCAUUCACGACCUUUCUGUAAAAUGGGGCAAGUCCUUCGACGUCUGGAAAGAGAGUAAAGCUCUGUUGGAGAGGGCUGGAUUUGUCGAUAUCGUCGAGAAGCGCUUCAAAUGGCCAAUGAAUGGCUGGUCCAAUGACUCAACACUCAAACAGCUUGGAGAGUUAAAUCAGAUUCGCUUGACUGAACAUCUACAAGGUUACACCCUAAGACUCUUGACUGGUGUUGGAGAGGUUAGUGCUCAUGUUUUCCUGGCCGAGAUGAGAAAUGCUCUGAAAGACACCAAUUGCCAUGCAUAUCAGGAUGUAAGCGUUGUAUAUGGUAGAAAACCAUCAUGA